AUGCCCAUUCCCGAGCAAAACUCUGAAUCGACGUUCAUCCUGCCUCCUAUGCCUGCUAUGAAUAGCGAGAAUUUCGAGCUGGUCAUGGACAAGGCUGGAACAAAGCAUCAGGUCAUUACCCAGGCCGGAGACCGUAUCGUCGUGAAAUGA